AUGCGGUCAGACUUUAAGUUUUCGAAUCUGCUAGGUACGGUUUAUCGACAGGGAAAUGUUAUUUUCUCGAAGGAUGGUACUGUGCUGCUUUCUCCGGUGGGAAAUAGAGUAUCGGUGUUCGACCUGGUGAAAAACCAAUCUUUCACGUUUGAAUACGAGCACCGCAAAAACGUGAGCUGCAUUGCACUGAACCCGCAAGGCACACUGCUUUUGUCGGUUGACGAGGACGGUAGAGCGAUUUUGGUCAAUUUCCGAGCUAAAACGGUGCUACACCAUUUUAAUUUCAAAGAGCCCGUUAGCGACUUACAGUUCUCACCAGACGGCAAAACUUUUGCCCUGGCUUGUGGACGCUUUAUUCAGAUAUGGAGGACCCCAGACGUAGCUGAAGAUCGGCAAUUUGCGCCGUUCGUGCGACAAAGAGUGCAUGCAGGCCAUUUUGCCCAGGUAACAUCGCUCAGCUGGUCGCCAGAUUCUCGUUUUCUGCUUUCUUCCUCCAAGGAUCUGACGGCGAGGAUUUGGUCACUGGAUUCGAAUGAGCAAGAUCUGGCGGCCACAACAUUUGCUGGCCACAGAGAUUACGUAGUGGGUGCAUUUUUCUCAUCAGAUCAGGAACAGAUAUACACCAUAAGCAAAGACGGAGCUCUAUUUCAGUGGGGGUAUACAUCGAAGCAAGAGGUUGAGGAGGGUGAAGAACCAGAUCUCUCCACGUACAGCUGGCGUAUCGUGAAAAAGAACUACUUUUACGCUUCUCAAGCCAAGGUUAAGCGUGUUACGUUCCAUGCUAAAUCUAACGUGCUCGUGGUAGGCUUCACCAACGGUGAAUUCAGACUUUACGAAGUACCCGAUUUCACUUUGAUUCAGCAGCUAUCAAUGGGCCAGAAUGCCAUAAAUGCAGUUGCAGUAAAUGACACCGGAGAAUGGUUAGCAUUUGGUUCCAGUAGGUUGGGUCAACUACUAGUCUACGAGUGGCAGUCGGAAUCCUAUAUUUUGAAACAGCAGGGCCAUUUUGACGCCACCAACGCGGUUGCGUAUUCCCCAGACGGUUCUCGCGUGGUUACCGCAUCAGACGACGGCAAAAUCAAAAUAUGGGACGUUGUCUCUGGAUUCUGUUUAGUAACUUUUCAAGAACACGCAGCAGCUGUUACAGGACUUGCGUUCGCUAAGAAGGGUCAGGUCUUGUUUUCUGCUUCUUUGGAUGGGACAGUCAGAGCCUGGGAUCUUAUCCGCUACCGAAACUUCAGAACAUUCACCGCCGCUGAACGUAUUCAGUUCAACUGCUUAGCUGCGGACCCUUCUGGUGAAGUUGUAUGUGCGGGGUCUCUUGACAGCUUCGCCAUUCAUGUGUGGUCCGUCCAGACAGGUCAACUGGUCGAAACUUUAGACGGACAUGAAGGUCCAGUAAGUUGCUUGUCUUUCAGUAAAGAAAAUGGCGUCUUGGCUUCGUCUUCAUGGGACAAAACCAUUAGAAUAUGGUCAAUAUUCGGCAGGUCGCAGCAGGUCGAGCCUUUAGAGGUCUUUGCGGAUGUUCUGGCCAUUUCAGUGAGGCCGGAUGGCGGCGAAGUGGCCGUUUCAACGUUGGACGGAAACGUUCUCUUCUUCGACAUUUACGAGGGAAAGCAAGUUAAUGCCAUCGAUGGCAAGAAAGACAUUCUUUCUGGUAGACACCUGGAGGACAGAUUUACAUCUAAGAACUCGGCCAGGUCGAAGUAUUUCACCAGUAUUGACUACAGUUUUGAUGGUCUCUCAUUAGUUGCAGGUGGUAACAACAAUUCUAUUUGUCUUUACGACAUUCCUAAUGGUGUUUUGCUCAAAAGAUUCGUUGUUUCCCGAAACAUGUCUUUGAAUGGUACAUUGCAGAUGUUGAACAGCAAAAAGAUGACAGAGGCUGGAUCCCUCGAUCUCAUUGAUAGGGACGGGGAAAACUCAGAUCUGGAAGACCGCAUAGAUAACAGUUUGCCAGGUUCAAAUAGAGGCGGUGAUCUCUCAACCCGGAGGGUAAGGCCCGAAGUAAGAGUAACGAGCUUGAAGUUCUCUCCUACUUCGAAUGCAUUUGCUGCAGGAUCCACGGAGGGUAUUUUGAUAUACUCUGUUGACGAGACUAUUCUCUUCGACCCAUUUGACUUGGAUAUCGACAUUACUCCACAGGCCGUUGUAGAGGCACUCAAUGAGAAUGAGUAUUUGAAUUCCUUGGUGAUGGCUUUCCGACUAAAUGAAGAGUAUCUGAUUAAGCGCGUUUACGAAUCUAUUCCAGUGAAAGAAAUAAAUUUGGUGAGCGGUGGGCUGCCGAUUGUUUACGUUGCACGUAUGCUCAGGUUUAUUGGAGAGUUUUCCGUAGAAUCUCAACAUUUGGAGUUCAAUCUGAUAUGGGUUAAAGCGGUUCUUUCUGCUCAUGGUCGUUAUAUCACAUCUCACAAGCAUGAGUUUGCUUCGUCGUUACGUGCCGUUCAACGCUUCCUUGGUCACAUUGCCAAAGACGUGGUUUCCGCUUCCAGUGAUAAUAAGUAUGCAUACUGGUUUCUCACGUCCACAGAUGGAUCCAUGGGAACUGGCUUUGAGGACGACGACGACGCCGACGACGCAUUAGGAGUCAAACAAAACCUCGAAUCCGAUGACGACGUAAUCAUGGAAAAUAACUCCAGCGAUGACGACGAAGAAGGAUGGAUAGGAUUUUCGGACGCUAAAGCCAAUAUUCUUCCGGUAACUCAGGAAAAAGAUGACGAUAAAGACGAAGAUGACGACGAGGGUGUCAUUUAG